CGCUCCACAAAGACUCAUCGGGCAACAGCCAGUGGCUUGUUUCUGUCCAAGGGAUCCUUCAGAGACCCUAGGACUUGAAAGCCGUGGUCAGGAAGAAGCUCCUGAGAAGGACACAGAGGGUUGGGAACCAAGGACACUCUGACUGCUGACGCCGAGAGGCCAGAACCAGGGCCAAAGGUCUUCUGGGAGUGCGGAGUGUCCUUCAGCAGUUCCAGGAGGCCCACCGCUGCCAGGCCACCAUGGCUCUCAGAUGGCUACUGCUUCUUGUGUUGGCUCUGCCCCCGAUCACAACAGGUAUCAAGGUGUGUGAGUUCUGUGAUAUGAUCGAGUCCUCCACCUGCACCGGCAUCAGCAUGCCCUGUGCUGACGAUGAGCAGUGCUUCACGAGCUAUGGGAUAAUCCCCGGCCUUGGUCCCAUCAUCAACAAAGGCUGCAGGUUAUCAUCUUCAUGUGGCCACCUUCAAGAGUCUGUCCUCUACAAGCAUGCCACCUACAAGCUCAGCUCCAGCUGCUGCAAAGGUGAACUGUGUAACCGGGUCUACAUCUUCUCCGGCAGCCUGAAGUUGGGGGCCACCACCUGCCUGGUGCUGGGCAUGCUGCUGCUGCUUUAUUGACUGUGACCAGCAUGGAGGGCAAGGCCUGGGCCUGGUCUCCAGGCUCCCCUGUUCCUUGUACCCCCUGUCCCCUUUCCUUCCCCCAUUAAAU